CUGCACUUCUCACUCAGCCUCCAGUCAGAGUAGAGAACAGCAGCAAUACUCCUUCAAAAUGAUGUCUUCUUCCUCCACCCGCAGCUACAUGUCCUCAGGAGGGUCCAUGAUGGGAGGACCCUCUCGCUUCUCCAUGUCUGGUGGAGGUCGUGCUGGAGGAAGCAUGUAUGGGGGUGCUGGAGGAUCUGGGGUCCGUAUCUCCAGUGCCUCUGCUUCUCGUUCCUAUUCUGCUGGUGGUGGUGCUGGCUUUGGAGGUGGUGCUGGCUUUGGAGGUGGUGCUGGCUUUGGAGGUGGUGCUGGCUAUGGAGGUGGUGCUGGCUUCGGAGGUGGUGCUGGCUUCAGCCAGUCUGAUGGCAUUGAUGCCUCUGCAAAUGAGAAAGCCACCAUGCAAAACCUCAAUGACCGCCUGGCCACCUACCUGGAUAAGGUGCGCUCCCUUGAGAAGGCUAAUGCUGACCUUGAGCUAAAGAUCCGCCAGUUCCUGGAGAGCAAAACUGCCCCCACUUCUCGUGACUAUAGUGCCUAUGAAGCUACGAUCAGUGACCUCCAGGACAAAAUCCAGAAUGCCACUCGUUUAAAUGGAGGCAUCUACCUUAGCAUUGACAAUGCCAAGCUGGCCGCAGAUGACUUCAGGGUCAAAUAUGAGAAUGAGCUGAGCAUGAGACAGUCAGUGGAGGCAGACAUCGCUGGCCUGAGGAAAGUGCUGGAUGAGCUGACAAUGGCCAGAUCCGAUCUGGAGAUGCAGAUCGAGGGGCUAAGAGAAGAGCUGAUCUUCCUCAAGAAGAACCACGAGGAGGAACUCUUGUCAAUGCGCACCCAGAUGAGCGGACAGGUCAAUGUAGAGGUGGACGCAGCACCACAGGAAGACCUAUCAAAGGUUAUGGCUGAAAUCCGGGAGCAUUACGAGGCAGUUGCUGCCAAGAACCGCAGAGAGCUUGAGUCCUGGUUCCAGGCCCAGUCCGAAGCCAUUAACAAAGAUGUCGCCGUCAGCACAGAAGUCCUCCAAACAUCCAAAUCAGAAAUCCAAGAAAUUAAGCGCACACUGCAGGGUCUUGAAAUAGAGCUACAGUCACAACUCAGUAUGAAAAAGUCAUUGGAAGACACAUUGGCAGACACGAAGAACCGCUAUUCUUCCAUGUUGGGCAACUACCAGAUGCAGGUGACCAGCAUGGAAGAGCAGCUGGUGCAGCUUCGGGCCGAUCUUGAGCGUCAGGGCUAUGAGUACCAGAUGCUUCUGGACAUCAAGACCAGACUGGAGAUGGAGAUUGCAGAGUACAGAAGACUGCUCGAUGGAGAGGCUGUUGGAGUUCAAACUUCCACAAAAUCGUCAAACUCAUCCUCAACAACACGCAAGGUGGUAACCAUUGUGGAGGAGGUAGUUGAUGGCAAAGUGGUCAGCUCAUCUUCCCAGGCUGUGAGCGAUACCAGGGCCAAGUAAGAUCUCUCUCAAGAACAGAGAGCACAAGAACUCUUGAGAUAAAACAUCAAACUCAGAGUGACAAAAAGCAAUAAACUGGUCUAAAUGUG